AUGCCUGCUGCCAGCAGGAUCCCCUCCCGAGCGUGGGUUCCGCACGUCGGUCCUGCCCUUGCUCUCUCAUUGGUUCGCCCUGGCUGGGGCGCGGCCAGGAAAAAGCAGAUGGCAGGGCCGGCUGAGGCCACUGGAGGUCCGCGCCGCGGGAUCGCCGGCACAGCCCCAGCAGACCUGGUCCCUUUAGGGACUGGCGACAGCAGCACCUCAGACGCAUUCUCUAACCUAGGGGGCGGCGGCCGCAUCCACACAGUCCCAAGCCGAGACAGCCCGGCGCGCCAUGGCCGCGCUCCCCGGCCGCUCUGGCUCCUGGGCCUGGCACUGUGCACCCUGGGCGGCGGCCCCGGCCCGCGCCCCCCGCCCGGCUGUCCCCAGCGUCGUCUGGGCACGCGCGAGCGCCGCGACAUGCAGCGCGAGAUCCUGGCGGUGCUCGGGCUGCCCGGGCGGCCCCGGCCCCGCGCACCACCCGCCGCCUCCCGGCUGCCCGCGUCGGCGCCGCUCUUCAUGCUGGACCUGUAUCGUGCCAUGGCCCGCGACGACGACGACGACGCCGGGCCCCCUGAGCGGCGCCUGGGCCGCGCGGACCUGGUCAUGAGUUUCGUCAACAUGGUGGAGCGCGACCAUGUCCUUGGCCCCCAGGAUCCCGGCUGGAAGCUGUUCUUUGACCUGACUCAGAUCCCAGCAGGGGAGGUGGUGACAGCUGCCGAGCUCCGCAUCUACAAGGAGCCCAGCGCCCUGGUGGUCCAGGAGCAUGCCAACAGGGAGUCUGACUUGUUCUUUUUGGAUCUUCAGACGCUCCAGGCUGGGAAGGAGGGCUGGCUGGUGCUGGACGUCACAGCGGCCAGUGACCGCUGGCUGCUGAACCGUCACAAGGACCUGGGACUCCGCCUCUAUGUGGAGAUGGAGGAUGGUGAGGCUCAGGGCUGGGGGCUCAGCGUGGAUCCUGGCCUGGCCGGGCUGCUGGGGCAGCGGGCCCCACGUUCCCGCCAGCCCUUCAUGGUCACGUUCUUCAGGGCCAGCCCAAGUCCUGGGCAUGCUCCUCGGGCCUUGAGGCCCCUGAAGAGGAGGCAGCCAAAAAGAACCAAUGAGCUACCGCACACCCACAAACUGCCAGGGAUCUUUGGUGCUAUCCAUGGCUCCAGUGGCCGGCAGGUUUGCCGCCGGCAUGAGCUUUAUGUCAGCUUCCGGGACCUUGGCUGGCUGGACUGGGUCAUUGCCCCCCAGGACUACUUGGCCUAUUACUGUGAGGGUGAGUGUGUCUUCCCACUAGACUCCUGCAUGAACGCCACCAACCACACCAUCCUGUAGUCCCUGGUGCACCUGAUGAAGCCAGAUGCAGUCCCCAAGGCAUACUGUGCACCCACCAAGCUGAGCGCCACCUCCAUGCUCUACUACGACAGCAGCAACGUCAUCCUACGGAAGCACCUCAACAUGGUGGUCAAGGCCUGCGGCUGCCAUUGAGCCUGGCUGCCACCCACUGCAGCCAGCGCUCCCCAGCCCUCUGCAGAGACUCUGCAACGUCCCCGCACACCUUUCCUGCCAGGCUUCUGCCAGGCCCUUUGCCCUGCUUUUCUGACAAGCCUCACACUCAACAA